GAAGCUGGGCGUGUUUUGAAAUGUGUUCUUAAGGUUUGGAAAUUGAAGCAAGAGAAGCACAAAGUAGACCUGGGAUCAAAACAAACUUUGUUUUCGUCUCCAGGGCAACAGGACUGAAGGCACCGUGCAUCCCGUCGGUGUAAAGGUUAUCGUGUCGUGACGACAUCAGCGCCACAAUAGGUCGUCUGCUGUUGUCCGUGUUUUCUUCCUUUUUUUGUCGCUGUCCUAUUUUUGGGACUAAGACGUCACCCGUUGUUAGACUGUGUGUACCAAGGAAACGUUGAUAAGAAGUUACGUUAGCCACAUUGUGUGACGGCUGGGACCUCAGGUUCAAGAGUACAUUGUGUUUUGAUGAAAACAGAAAGAAAACGCUGACAGAACUGGUACUCGACCUGAGCUAAAUAGUGUCAGAGAAUAUCUUCUUGGGCAAAACAAACAUUUUCGUAUAAUGACACUCUUGAGGUAACGUUAGUUGGAAGGAAGAACAAUAGAAGAAAGAGAGGGAGGAUGGAAGGGAAAAAGAAAAAAAGGAAAGGAAAGAAAUGCAUGUGAAUAGGGAAGAAAAAUGAAUAAAGUCACAGCUCAUCGCAUCAGCAAAAUAACAUUGAAUUCACUGUCUAAAAGUGACGGACCGUGUGUCCCAGCAUCUGGCCAUAUAUGUCAUCGAAGGAUGAGCUUUUCAUGUGUAUGCAUAAUACAGAAGGCACGUGUACACUCACGUCUGUCAUGUGACGUAUUUCUAUCUCUGAUCUUACCCACGGAAACCUGCACGUGAAGAACAACGACACCGUGUGGGGUUAUCGGAGGACAUUCCUUGCCCACCCUUAAGUGAUUACAUCACGACUACGUACACGUGAGGCACAAAAGAUGUUCAGCUUCAGCGAGCCAGACGCAAGUCUGGUCCGUCCUCUGACGCAAACUUUCCCGCCCCAAGGGGCGGCCCUAGCAACGCGAUUGUUCUGUCAAAUGUCAUCCCUCUGGCUUUACGGACCAGGGCGGUUUCAGUCGGUUGGUUCCACACAAACAUCCUUGCUUUUAAAACCCUGUAUACAGACUGACUCAUACAUAUAUAUACAAGAGUACGUACACAACGCAGAGUUACAUUGCCAGAAAGUACAGGUUGGAUCAGCGAAGUCUGAAGUAUCAGAUCCGAGCCAUGGACUUCCGUGUGUUUGCAGAAAUCAUCGUCGGCGUUCUGCUCACCAUGGGGCCGCUGGAGAGCGACAUGAGACCAGUGAGGAACAGGAAGCGACAGGCCGCGCUGGUGGAGAAGAUCAAGCGGGAGUCCGGCGGAGACAUGGCGCUGGCCAGGGACAUGAUCGAGAACCUGUGCCGCCACCAGCGCCGCAGCCACCACUGCCGCAUGUCCGCCUUCAAGCUGUACGCGCUUGUGGUGCAGUCCGCCCGGCGGGACCAACCCACAGCCCUGCCGCCGGCGGCGCCGUCGUCUCCCCUGCUGAACGACGGAGUCCACACAGACCCCGAGUACAGGGCCACCGCGCUGAAGACCAAGAAGAGGGCGACGAAAAGGAAGGUCGUGAUGAAACGGAAGACGGGCACCUGCGGGGACUUUAACGUAGGCGAAGAGGAGGUUGUGAAACGGUUCAAACAGCCCGCGAAGAUUCGCGUUUAACUUCAAACGAGACCAAGAAAUCUCCUCAAACUCAUUGAAGAGACUGAGUCAGUUAAGUUCGCUAUGACAAUGUCUACGAGACAGCAACAGAACAGUAUCUUUGAGAAUGAAAUUAUCGAAGUGCAUUUUGUAAAUAAACGUAUAGACAUGUAUACGU